CAGAUCUUACUUGUCAAGUCUCUCCGGAGCAUCACAAUCCACGCCAAUCCAUCUGUCCUUCUCCUCCCACUCAGCUGUCUCAUCCACAAUGCCCUAUGAGCGCAAUCUGACCGCAUUUUUUGGAUCUUGAUCACCGUACCGUUGACUCGUUUACAUCGUCUCCAGGUACCUCUGCCCGGUCAUACCCACAUCCUGUCAGCCUUUUCUUAAAGACGCUGGGAGGCACGCUCACAAGAACUUCGACUCUCUCUCUACAUACCCUUUGAUCCAAGAAUUGACGUCCCUAUGCUCCCUGUCUCCCACCUACAGCCACGGGCCACGGCAAGGUGUGCCCUUUCCGCUACCCACCUCUGAACUGUCUUUCACGACGCAAUCUACCGUGUAGCAGCUCAGCUCGGUUUCAGCUGGUCGUCAUUGAAGGUUCCGAUUGGGCUCAGACCUUACUAGUGAAUUGUGCUGGGAGUUUGAGUUUCGUCGAAGCCUUUAAUGUUCACUGGUGAAGAUAAGUGACGACGAUGCUUGAAAGAGCGCUCGCAGGCGAAGGGAUCGUGGUCUUCAAAUUCCAUUAACUUGAGCUCAAACGGCUUUUGAUUCACCGGUUGACAUCUUAGUGUGGAGGCUUCCCGAGUAUGGCUCUCUUUGUCCCCAUCAUGGCGGUGGCUCACGAAUUUAUAGACGGCUGGGUCUUCGAAUGAGAGACGCGUAUCGACUAUCAGAGUCCUACCUGCUUCCUCUGUCACAAGAUCAAGCGCGACGUUUACCGCUUCUACUUGCUUCCCUCAAGUCAAUGACGGACGACAGCAAUCUAACCUCUGCAAUUCUUUCACGCACCCCGCUACAGUCUCACCUCUCUGUCCUGGUCUGUUUUACUGCCACGACACAGGGACACAAGCCAGCCCCGAACGCCUUAUGCUGGACUCGUUGGGACUUUUCACGAACUACGGAUGCGGUCUUGUAGCCGACUUGGAUGUUAUUGGCUAGUACUUGAGUAGGAGCUGGUCCACAAGUAGUGAUCAAGGACGUUGUGCACUCGUGUCAUUCGGAUACGAUGUACAUCUUCAAGUUGCGUCGCCCUGCACGCGCACUUGCAGGCAUCAUAGUCAAUCUCCGCCCAUUGUAGUCCAUCGUAUAGCCAUGUACUUGAAAAACAGAGUCAAUUUGU